UGACCCAUCUUGUUGUCGGAUAAAAAUUCAGCUGCCACGCCGUCCGACCGUCGUCGUUAUGAUUUCAGUUGUUGUCAUUCGAUACAGGGUGACUAACGUUCGUAUAGAUCGUUCUCCUCUCAUCCACAUACUAUUAUUAUCGUUAUUAUUAUUGUUGUACAAUACAACAGCAUCAUUCAUAUCCACAUAUUUGACCAUCAUGGGUACUUACCUCGACAAUCCGAUAACCGACAAAGUCUCAGAAGACAUGGAAGAUGACACGUUGGUGUGUGGGGUCAGUUCCAUGCAGGGUUGGCGUGUCAGACAAGAAGAUGCUCACUUCAGUCUACUAGACUUUGACAAGAACAUGUCGCUUUUUGGUGUAUUUGAUGGACACGGUGGAGCUGAGGUAGCUCGAUUAGCAGUUGAAGAGUUACCUAGUAUGAUAAAAAACCAAUCUUUUAAUGUUGGCGAUUACGAAAAUGCUCUGAAAAACGCCUAUUUAGAUUUCGACCUAUAUUUGCGUUCCAAGACUGCUUUGGAAAGAAUGAAAAUUCUUGCAGAACAAGAUGGUCCAACGAAUGGAGGUGGCGUCAAUGCAGAUGGCAACAACGAAAACAAUGAUGAAGACAUAUACAAAAUGUAUGGCUUUUACAGUGGUUGCACCGCAGUCGUGGCGUUAUUAGUGGACAAGAAAAAACUUUAUGUGGCUAACAUUGGAGACUCCAGGUGUGUCGUUGCUGUUCACGGCACUAAAGCCAUUGAUAUGUCAAAAGACCAUAAGCCUAGGGAUGAACCAGAGUUAUUAAGAAUUCGCGCAGCUGGAGCAAGAGUUACAUACGACGGACGAAUCAAUCGCGAUCUAAAUUUGUCCCGAGCUUUCGGUGAUCACAUGUAUAAGCAGAAUUCUUUGCUCCUGGAAACAGAACAAGUUGUUAUCGCUUUACCCGAUAUACAGGGCAGAGUAUUAAACGCAGAAGACGGCGAUUUCAUCGUAUUGGGAUGUGAUGGUAUAUGGGAUACAUUAAGUAGUCAAGCUGCUGUAGACUUGAUAGCAAAUCACAUCCAUGAACCUGGUAUACAACUGUCGUCAGUUUGCGAAAAAUUACUCAGCAGAUGUUUCUCGGCCGAACGCCGUUCAAAAGGUGUCGAUAACAUGACAUGUAUUAUUGUGAAAUUAAAACACAAGAAACAGCAGUCAGAUCAAAAGGAUAGUGAUCAAAUCGCCUGCAAACUUAAAGAGCUCGAAUUGCAUUCAUGAUCUGACAGCAAUUACCUACAGUUAUUAAUCGGCUUUCAGCUGCUGCUCAUAAUAUAAUAUUUUUUAUUUUAUACACAAACAAAUUUUAAUUAUAUAAAACGAUUUGACUUAUUUUACAUA